AUGCUUUUCUUCGCAGUGGUUGAGAAUGGUUGGCCUCCCAAGUCACCCCGGGACGCUAUGCUAAGCUCCCCGGGGGGGCGAAGGAAGUACCAGGACAUGCAACGACGACAACUUCUCUCCUCACCCUUGAAACGUUCCAAUACAACCCCGAAUUUCAGAUCAAAAGCGAGACAAGUCUUAGAUGAAGGCGAAGACGAUGGGGAAGAGGACGAAGAGACGCUGGAACUGAGACUCGCCGAGAUCCAGGCCCGCCUUAAGCUGAAACAACUCCAAAGGUCCCGUGGUCGGUCCGGCACUGCCACGUCCCACACGGAAGACGAAGAAGAUAGCUUUGGCGCGGCUCCGCGCUCUCAACGUCGAAUUACGGCUCCAAGAAGCCCCCCGCCCAGCCAGCGUAAGGCCCGUAUCGACCAGGUUCAGGUUCCAGUAUCACCUACAAGACGGGCGGCGCCAGCCCCCGAGCCUUGGUCCCCUCGAAGGUAUCAAUUGGGCAUUGAUAAAGGAUGGAAAGCGAGUGAUGUAUCAUUGAAACGACCCCCAGCCCCAAGACUGGAGGCUCGGCCUGCCAGUCAACUUGGAACGCGUAGCGGUGCAAUGUCUCGCGCAAAUGACAUGUAUCCACCACGGCCUCAAACUUCUCCAGGUGGGGCAGGGCUGAAUCGAAUCAAGAGCUUUAGUGAGCGGAUGGCUGAGGGCCGAGCAGCUGAACGCGCUGAGCAAUCUCGGCUUGAAAAAGUGGAGAGAGUACAAGCAAACCGCAGCUCAGCAUUCCAGGUGGACAAGGCAGAAAUCGAGACUUUGAGAGCUGCAGUUGCGGAUGAACCGCAAUCGACCCUUCCAUCGUCUAUAAGCCGAGAGCCUGAAACAUACGCAUUCAACCGAGAGGAGAUUCUUCGAUCACUUAACCGCCCACAGGCCGGUGUGCUGAAGCGCAGUCAAACGACCCCAAACAUGCGGGGCACAUCAGAGGAAGUUGGCUCAGCACAAAGUGCCCCUGACGCAUCGAAAUUCGAAUCUUAUUCAUCUUUGCAUCUGUCAAGCCGAAUAUUGCCUCAUUCAUUUCUAAGCCGCACGAUGACUGAUAAAACCGUUCUGCGCAUACCCGAUCUUCUUAAGACUAUCAAAGCUCCUGCAUUUGAACUACCAGAUGAAAUCGAUGGAGAUUUUGUGGUGUUUGGAAUUGUUGCAUCCAAGUCUGAACCGAGACAGAAGAAGGCAUCAGAGCAAACCACAGCAAAAUCAGCUGACCUUUACGACGAUGGCCUCCAAAACACCAACAGCUAUAUGGCCAUCACUUUGACUGACCUGAAGUGGACAGUUAAUUUACUUCUAUUCGAUACUGCAUUCCCCCGCUACUACAAGAUCACGGAAGGAACUCUCGUUGCAAUCCUGAAUCCCACAAUCUUACCUCCUCCAAAACACCAGCAAGAUACAAACCGAUUCAGCCUUUGUCUCUCCUCAUCGGAUGAUAAGAUCCUGGAGAUUGGAAAAGCACGGGAUAUUGGCUACUGCAAAUCCGUGAAAAAAGAUGGUAAAACUUGCCAAUCUUGGGUAGACGGCAGGAAAACCGAGUUCUGUGAUUUCCACGUUGAUCUCCAGGUGCGGCGCACUCAAGGUCAGCGUUCUGGCGUCAACAGCGGGACAGGUCAAUUUGGCCCUGGCGGUCGAUCUGGAUCGCGAACUGGGUUUUAUGACGGAGAGCGGCGCAAACAUAGUCGGCUAGGUGAACCUCGGAAAGAAGGGCUCAGGUCAGAAGGAGGUCAAUAUGAUAUAGCUACCGGGUCAACCUACUUCGUGGCACCGGCUCCAAGGAAUCGCGGCGCUGUCCGUAUGUCCUACGACCCGAUGGCUGCCGGGUGUGGGACAGCAGCCCUACUUGAUGCCAAUGAUGACCCUUUCAUCGCGGCGGGCAUGAUGGGAAGGGGCAGGGAGAACAAAGAAGAGCAAAUGCGCAGGCGUCUUGCAGCGCAGAAACGCGAGCGUGAUAUCACACAAAAGCUUAUCUCUGGUCGAGUCGGCGGCGUGGGCGCAGAAUAUCUUCGCACACGCACCGAAACACCGACUACCACUGAAACCUCCUGUACGCCAAAAGCUGUUCCUUCGACCGGCAGUGAUUUCAAUGUCGCUAGUUUCGGUAGGGCGAAGAAUGUCAAAUUGGGUCCCAUGAAGCGUGCCCAUGAUGGUGAUAAGCCCCAUGGCAGUGGUGUCAAAAAGACACGGUUCAUCACCGCAAAGGGUAUCCGAGAAGCCGGACGAGACAGCCUGGGUGGACCUGAGACAACAGGAGGUCAACAGCGGGCUUUAUCAGACGACGAUGAUGACGACCUGGAGUUUGUUUGA